GCUGCACAUGGUCCGACUGAUGUUGCUAGAGAGGCUGCUGCAGAACCUACCUCAGCUGAGGAACGUUGGAGGAGUCAGGGCCAUUCCUUAUAUGCAGGUUAUUCUGAUGCUCACAACAGACCUAGAUGGAGAUGAUGAGAAAGAUAAGGGAGCUUUAGAUAACCUUCUGUCCCAGCUGAUUGCAGAACUGUGCAUGGACAAAAAGGAUGUGUCCAAGAAAAAUGAACGCUCCCCUGUGAACGAAGUGCACUUGGUGGUCAUGAGGCUGCUGAGUGUCUUCAUGUCCAGAACUAAGUCAGGAUCCAAGUCUUCCAUUUGUGAGGCUUCCUCCCUCAUCUCCAGUGCCACUGCUGCUGCCUUGUUGAGCUCUGGAGCUGUUGACUACUGUCUGCAUGUGCUGAAGUCUUUGCUGGAGUACUGGAAAAGCCAGCAGAAUGAUGAGGAGCCUGUAGCCACCAGCCAGCUCCUGAAACCUCACACGACUUCCUCACCACCUGACAUGAGCCCUUUUUUCCUCCGCCAGUAUGUGAAGGGUCAUGCUGCAGAUGUUUUUGAGGCCUACACCCAGCUCCUGACAGAGAUGGUUCUGCGGCUGCCCUACCAGAUCAAGAAGAUUGCAGACACAAACUCCCGCAUCCCACCUCCCAUCUUUGAUCACUCCUGGUUCUACUUUUUGUCUGAGUACCUGAUGAUCCAGCAGACUCCCUUCGUGCGCCGCCAAGUCCGCAAGCUGCUGCUCUUCAUCUGUGGCUCAAAGGACAAGUACAGGCAGCUCAGGGACCUCCACACACUGGACUCCCACGUCAGGGGGAUCAAAAAGCUCCUGGAAGAACAGGGCAUCUUCCUUCGUGCCAGCGUGGUCACAGCAAGUUCUGGCUCUGCCCUGCAGUAUGACACCUUGAUCAGCUUGAUGGAACAUUUAAAGGCCUGUGCAGAGAUUGCCACGCAGAGAACAGUCAACUGGCAGAAAUUCUGCAUUAAAGACGACUCGGUUCUCUAUUUCCUCCUUCAAGUCAGCUUCCUGGUAGAUGAAGGAGUGUCUCCAGUCCUCCUGCAGCUGCUGUCUUGUGCUCUGUGUGGCAGUAAAGUGCUAUCUGUGACUUCAUCCUCUGGAUCAUCGAGCACCUCUUCCACCUCUGCUCCUGCAGCAUCAGGCUCUGGGCAGCCAGCAGCACAGAGCAAAUCUUCCACGAAAAAAAGCAAGAAAGAAGAAAAGGAAAAGGAGCGAGAGGGUGAGAGUUCUGGCAGUCAGGAAGAUCAGCUGUGCACAGCUCUGGUGAACCAGCUGAACAAGUUUGCUGAUAAGGAGACCCUCAUCCAGUUCCUGCGUUGCUUCUUGCUGGAGUCCAACUCAUCCUCAGUGAGGUGGCAGGCCCACUGCCUCGCCCUCCACAUCUACAGGAACUCUAACAAGUCUCAGCAGUAAUUACUGCUGGAUCUCAUGUGGUCCAUCUGGCCAGAACUUCCAGCCUAUGGAAGAAAGGCUGCCCAGUUUGUAGACCUCCUGGGAUACUUCUCUCUGAAAACACAGCAGACUGAGAAAAAGUUGAAGGAAUACUCCCAAAAGGCCGUGGAGAUCCUGCGGACUCAGAACCACAUUCUUACCAACCACCCCAACUCCAACAUUUACAACACACUGUCAGGGCUGGUGGAGUUUGAUGGUUAUUACCUGGAGAGUGAUCCUUGCCUUGUUUGCAACAAUCCGGAGGUGCCCUUCUGUUACAUCAAGCUCUCCUCCAUUAAAGUGGACACACGUUACACCACCACCCAGCAGGUUGUGAAGCUCAUUGGCAGCCACACCAUCAGCAAGGUGACAGUGAAGAUAGGAGACCUGAAACGCACCAAAAUGGUCCGAACCAUCAACCUCUACUACAACAACAGGACAGUGCAAGCCAUAGUGGAGCUGAAGAACAAGCCGGCUCGUUGGCACAAGGCUAAGAAAGUCCAGCUGACCCCCGGGCAGACAGAGGUGAAGAUUGAUUUGCCCUUGCCCAUCGUGGCUUCCAACCUGAUGAUUGAAUUUGCUGAUUUCUAUGAGAACUACCAGGCUUCCACAGAGACCCUGCAGUGCCCCCGCUGCAGCGCCUCCGUCCCGGCCAACCCCGGCGUCUGCGGCAACUGCGGCGAGAACGUCUACCAGUGCCACAAGUGCAGAUCCAUUAAUUAUGAUGAGAAAGACCCUUUCCUCUGCAAUGCCUGUGGGUUCUGUAAGUACGCCCGCUUUGACUUCAUGCUGUAUGCCAAGCCUUGCUGUGCAGUGGAUCCCAUAGAAAAUGAAGAGGAUAGGAAGAAGGCAGUAACAAAUAUCAACACUCUCCUGGACAAGGCUGACAGAGUGUAUCACCAGCUAAUGGGACACCGACCACAGCUGGAAAACCUUCUGUGUAAAGUGAAUGAGGCAGCUCCUGAAAAGCCCCAGGAUGAAUCUGGCAGCAGUGGAGGGAUCAGUUCUACCUCAGCUAGUGUGAAUAGAUACAUCCUCCAGUUAGCCCAGGAGUAUUGUGGUGACUGCAAGAACUCUUUCGAUGAACUUUCCAAAAUCAUCCAGAAAGUGUUUGCCUCUCGAAAGGAACUCCUGGAAUACGAUCUCCAGCAGAGAGAGGCAGCAACAAAGUCCUCGCGAACCACCGCCCAGCCCACGUUCACUGCCAGCCAGUACCGUGCCUUGUCCGUGCUGGGCUGUGGCCACACGUCCUCCACUAAAUGCUAUGGCUGUGCCUCAGCUGUCACUGAGCACUGCAUAACACUGCUCCGGGCUCUGGCCACCAACUCUGCCAUCAGGCACAUCCUGGUGUCCCAGGGGCUCAUCCGAGAGCUCUUUGACUACAACCUGCGGCGGGGCGCGGCCGCCAUGCGGGAGGAGGUCCGGCAGCUCAUGUGCCUUCUGACCAGGGACAAUCCAGAGGCCACGCAGCAAAUGAAUGACUUAAUCAUUGGGAAGGUUUCUGCAGCUCUGAAGGGACACUGGGCAAAUCCAGACUUGGCCAGCAGCCUCCAGUAUGAGAUGUUGCUGCUGACAGAUUCCAUCUCGAGGGAGGACAGCUGCUGGGAGCUCCGCCUGCGCUGUGCCCUCAGCCUCUUUCUGAUGGCAGUGAACAUUAAGACUCCAGUGGUUGUUGAGAACAUCACCCUCAUGUGCCUGCGCAUUCUUCAAAAGCUGAUCAAACCACCUGCUCCAACCAGCAAGAAAAACAAGGAUGUGCCUGUGGAUGCUCUCACCACUGUGAAGCCUUACAGCAAUGAAAUCCAUGCACAAGCUCAGCUGUGGCUCAAGAGGGACCCCAAAGCAUCGUAUGAAGCUUGGAAAAAGUGCCUCCCUGCCAGAGGUAUAGAAGCCAAUGGGAAAUCUCCCAGCAAAGCUGAGCUCCACCAGCUCUACUUGUCAGAAAAAUACGUCUGGAAGUGGAAACAGUUCAUGAGUCGCCGUGGGAAGAGAACUUGUCCUCUGGACCUCAAGCUGGGGCACAACAACUGGCUACGACAGGUGCUGUUCACUCCUGCCACUCAAGCUGCACGCCAGGCUGCCUGUACCAUCGUGGAGGCUCUGGCCACCAUCCCCAGCCGCAAGCAGCAGGUCCUUGAUCUCCUGACAAGCUACCUGGAUGAGCUGAGCAUUGCUGGCGAGUGUGCUGCUGAGUACCUGGCACUGUACCAGAAACUCAUCAAGCCAGCCCACUGGAAGGUCUACCUGGCAGCCCGAGGGGUUCUGCCCUAUAUUGGCAGCCUCAUCACUAAGGAAAUAGCUCGUUUGCUUGCCUUGGAAGAAGCAACCCUCAGCACUGAUUUGCAGCAGGGAUAUGCCUUGAAGAGCCUCACAGGUCUCCUCUCCUCCUUCGUGGAGGUGGAGUCCAUCAAGCGGCACUUCAAGAGCCGCCUGGUGGGUACAGUCCUGAACGGGUACCUGUGCCUGAGGAAGCUGGUGGUACAGAGAACAAAGCUGAUUGAUGAGACCCAGGACAUGCUGCUGGAGAUGCUGGAGGACAUGACAACAGGCACAGAAUCUGAAACCAAAGCAUUUAUGGCAGUGUGCAUAGAGACUGCAAAACGCUACAGCCUGGAUGACUACAGGACCCCAGUCUUCAUCUUUGAGAGACUCUGCAGUAUUAUCUAUCCUGAAGAGAAUGAAGUGACAGAGUUCUUUGUAACUCUGGAGAAAGAUCCCCAGCAGGAAGACUUCUUACAGGGCAGGAUGCCAGGAAAUCCCUACAGCAGUAACGAGCCUGGCAUUGGGCCACUCAUGAGGGACAUCAAGAACAAGAUCUGUCAGGACUGUGACCUGGUGGCUCUGCUGGAGGAUGACAGUGGAAUGGAGCUUUUGGUGAACAAUAAGAUCAUCAGUUUGGAUCUGCCUGUGGCUGAGGUCUACAAGAAGGUGUGGUGUCCCACUAAUGAGGGGGAGCCGAUGAGGAUCAUUUACCGCAUGCGAGGGUUACUAGGAGAUGCCACUGAGGAAUUCAUCGAGUCUCUCGACUCCACUACUGAUGAAGAGGAAGAUGAGGAAGAAGUUUACAAGAUGGCAGGUGUCAUGGCCCAGUGUGGAGGCUUGGAGUGCAUGCUCAACAGACUGACUGGAAUCAAGGACUUCAAGCAAGGCCGGCACCUCCUCACUGUGCUGCUCAAACUGUUCAGUUACUGUGUGAAGGUGAAAAUAAACCGUCAGCAGUUGGUCAAGCCAGAGAUGAACACUCUGAACGUCAUGCUGGGAACUCUUAACUUGGCACUGGUGGCUGAGCAGGAGAGCAAGGACAGCGGAGGAGCGGCCGUGGCAGAGCAAGUGCUCAGUAUAAUGGAGAUCAUACUGGAUGAAUCCAAUGCAGAACCUCUGAGCGAGGACAAGGGUAACCUCCUCCUGACUGGUGACAAGGACCAGCUGGUCAUGCUGCUCGAUCAGAUUAACAGCACUUUUGUCCGCUCCAAUCUCAGUGUCUUGCAAGGCCUGCUACGAAUCAUCCCUUACCUCUCCUUUGGGGAGGUGGAGAAAAUGCAGAUUCUGGUCGAUCGAUUCAAGCCCUACUGUAACUUUGAUAAGUAUGAUGAGGAGCACAGUGGAGAUGAUAAAGUUUUCCUAGACUGCUUCUGCAAAAUAAACAACAGCAAUGGCCAUCAGCUGAAAGACCUCAUCCUUCAGAAGGGGAUUACACAGAAUGCCCUCGACUACAUGAAAAAACACAUUCCCAGUGCAAAGAAUUUGGAUGCAGACAUAUGGAAGAAAUUCUUAGCUCGACCUGCACUUCCUUUUAUCCUGCGCCUGCUCCGAGGACUUGCCACACAGCACCCUGCCACACAGGUGCUGAUAGGUACCGACUCCAUUACCAACCUGCACAAGCUGGAGCAGGUGUCCAGUGAUGAAGGGAUUGGGACGCUGGCAGAGAACCUCCUGGAGGCCCUGAGGGAACACCCCGAGGUGAACAAGAAGAUCGAUGCUGCCCGGAAGGAGACUCGUGCAGAGAAGAAGCGUAUGGCCAUGGCAAUGAGGCAGAAGGCCCUGGGCACUCUGGGGAUGACGACCAAUGAGAAGGGUCAGGUAGUGACCAAGACGGCGCUGCUGAAGCAGAUGGAGGAGCUCAUAGAAGAGCCAGGGCUGACUUGCUGCAUCUGCCGGGAAGGGUACAAGUUUCAGCCUACGAAGGUCCUGGGCAUUUACACUUUCACCAAACGUGUUGCCCUAGAGGAGUUUGAGAACAAGCCCCGAAAACAGCAGGGGUACAGCACAGUCUCUCACUUCAACAUCGUCCACUACGACUGUCACCUGGCAGCCGUGAGACUUGCUCGUGGCCGUGAGGAGUGGGAGAGUGCAGCACUACAAAAUGCCAACACCAAGUGUAAUGGGCUCCUGCCAGUCUGGGGACCUCACGUGCCAGAAUCUGCUUUUGCCACUUGCUUAGCACGACACAACACAUACCUCCAGGAGUGCACGGGGCAGAGGGAACCCACCUACCAGCUCAACGUCCACGACAUCAAGCUGCUGUUCCUGCGCUUCGCAAUGGAGCAAUCCUUCAGUGUGGACACUGGGGGAGGAGGAAGGGAGAGCAACAUCCACCUCAUUCCCUACAUCAUCCACACUGUGCUCUACGUCCUCAACACAACUCGAGCAACUUCGAGGGAGGAGAAAAACCUCCAGAGCUUCAUGGAGCACCCCAAAGAGAAGUGGGUGGAGAGUGCCUACGAGGUGGACGGGCCCCAUUACUACACUGUGCUGGCUCUGCACAUCUCACCCCCUGAGAAGUGGAAAGCCAUCCGAGUGGAGAUCCUCAAGAGGCUCCUGGUCACCUCCCACGCACGAGUGGUGGCACCAGGGGGAGCCAGCAG